CUCUCUCUGGUGUCUCGGCUGUCUUUUUGCUGUUCUUUCUUCAGUGAAAAAAGGAUUUAGCCGCUGCCUUCAUACCGGUGAUCACCACCCAGAGCCUUUUCUGGUCAGAUUUACCUGAAGUCCAAUGGUCAUGGUCAAAGAAAAAGUGGCUCAUGCGCAAGACACACACCACCACUCCACAGAGAAGCCCCUCAUUCAGUGCUACAAGUGUGGGGAGCCAUGUAAGGGCGAGGUGCUGCGGGUGCAGAACAAGCACUUCCACCUCAAGUGCUUCACCUGUAAAGUGUGUGGCUGUGACCUCGCCCAGGGGGGCUUCUUCAUGAAGAAUGGAGAGUAUCUGUGCACCCUGGACUACCAGCGCAUGCACGGCACCCGCUGCAAUGGCUGUGGGGACUUUGUGGAGGGGGAAGUGGUCACUGCCCUGGGCAAGACCUACCACCCUGCCUGUUUCGUCUGCACCAUCUGCAAACGGCCGUUCCCUGCUGGGGACAGGGUGACCUUCAAUGGGAAGGACUGUCUGUGUCAGUAUUGUGUCCAGCCCAUGUCUCCAGGACCCAAGGACAUCCUCGGCUCCAGCAACUGUGCGGGGUGUGGUCGAGAUAUUAAGAACGGACAGGCUCUCCUGGCGCUGGACAGGCAGUGGCACCUGGGUUGCUUUAAGUGCAAGGCCUGUGGCAAAGUGCUGACCGGGGAGUACAUCAGCAAGGAUGGCGCCCCCUACUGUGAGAAGGACUAUCAGAUCCAUUUUGGUGUCCAGUGUGAGGCGUGCCAUCAGUUCAUCACAGGGAAGGUGCUGGAGGCAGGGGAUAAGCACUACCAUCCUAGCUGUGCACGAUGCAGCAGGUGCAACCAGAUGUUCACAGAAGGUGAAGAGAUGUACCUGCAAGGAUCAACAGUGUGGCAUCCCGGCUGCAAGAACACCACCAGAACAGAGGAGAGACACAGGGAGCGGCCUACGAGGUCGUCGUCCGAGAGUAUUUGUUCCAGACCUGGUUCAAGCAUACCUGGCUCACCGGGUCACACGAUCUAUGCAAAAGUAGACAAUGAGAUCCUUGAUUACAGAGACCUAGCUGCCAUUCCUAAAGUCAAAGCCAUUUAUGACAUUGAGCGUCCUGAUCUCAUUACCUAUGAACCCAUGUACACCACCUCCCUGGAUGAGAGAGAGGAGAGACGAGAGAGUGUGGGAGAGCUCCACACUGCCAGGAGGGAGCGUUCUCCCUUGCCAGACGACAAGCCCUCAAGAAACAUGUCACCUACCCCAUCUGGCGAAGGCUCUUAUGACAGGAGGGAACGCAUCCUCCAAAGGUCGACCAGUCAGGGCUCCAUAGGAUCACCUGUUUAUAAUCGCCAUGGCUACACCCCCACCUUGUCACGGUCACCGCAGCAUUUUCACAGGCCAGAGGCUCUGACAGGCAUGCAGAAGCUCUGCUCCUCCCUGUGCAGUAACAGUGUGGGCUCCAGAAAUAGUGACUCCCGCCCCACCUCCCCUUUCAGACACCACUUCCUCCCCCAUAGCCAAGGCACUGACCCGCCAAGUGGCCGGAGCUCCCCCCUCCCUCUCAGGCCCGACAGCCGGCCGGUCACUCCGCCUCUCUCUCAGACCCCUAAACAUUUCCACCUCCCAGAUCAAGGGAGCAACAUCUACAGAAAACCACCCAUCUACAAACAACACGAUACAGCUGCCAUAACACCCCAAAGCAAGUCUGCUGAUGACAUCAUCAGAUCCGCCACCUUCCCCGCCGCCCAUGCUCCCACUCCAGACGACAGCUCAAGGAGUGAGGGCGACCGUUGGCCCUACUCUCUCACUGUAUUAGGGUCAGAGGGGAGGAGACGGUCCAGAGAAGAGGAGGAGGAAGAGGCCUUGAAAAGAAAACAGCUCCAAGAGGAGCAUCUUAACAAGAUCCAGUCUGGUCUGGGAAAGCUCAUUCUGAAGGAGGAGAUGGAGAAGGAGCAGAUCAGGGAGCGCCACGCACGCAGCCUCUCGGCUCAGCGCUACGACCCCAAACAGACCAACUGUGACGCAGAUCCAACCUCUCCAACCAAAACAAACUCUCUGCCUGGCUAUGGAAGGAACGGGCUGCAUCGGCCCCAGUCCACAGAUUUCACCCAGUACAACAGCUAUGGUGACAUGUGUGGAGGAGGAAGAGAGUUUCAGCACAUUAAGGAUGGCCGUGCAGCACUUGCAAGGAUGGACAGGGGAGUAUCUAUGCCUAAUAUGUUGGAACCAAAAGUGUAUCCCUAUGAAAUGCUCAUGAUAACCAGUAGAGGGAGAGCUAAACUGCCCAGGGAAGUGGACAGAACCAGACUGGAGCGCCACUUAGCGCCUGAAACGUUCUUUGACAUCUUUGGAAUGGAGAUCCAGGAGUUUGACAGGCUUCCCCUGUGGAAACGCAACGACAUGAAAAAGAAGGCCAAGCUCUUCUAGCAGUCAGAGCAGCAUGCAUAUACUGUACAUUCAUUCAGAUAGCACACUACCAACUGUAAUCUAGAUGUAGGUUUUGGUUUAUUUCUUUUUCUUCUGUUUUUCUUUCCGACAUAAUCAAGGAAGCGAUAAAAUGGACUCUUGCUCUUAUGCUUCCUGAGACUGUGAGCUGAAUGAUUUGUCCAGUUAGCGAUAGACUUGCACAGGAAACAAGGAAUGGGAAUCUCUUCCAUGUUCAAAAAUGACAAAGAAUGAGAAUGAAUGAACAAUAGGGUCAUGUUAUUUUUUUGACUGCGCUUGUUUUACUUCUUGCUUUGCUUCGAGUGGAACUGCUUUCCUUUCUUUCUUGCUUGUUUCCUCCUACUAUUUGUUGCUGUUGAUUCCUGUGGAACUUUGUAAGUACAGUAGAACCUCAUGGCACCAUUAUGAAAUGCCCAUGCUCAUAGCUUGAAUAUGAGUCAGCUUUCCCUCACUUGGGCUGAAACAGUUUUAGCCCAAUGUUGGCAAGAAUCGGCUCAGUGAGUCUUUAAAAAUAAGAAGCCACUGGGCUUGCAAUUAGCUGACCUGCCAAUUGUUUUACUGGAUCUACAAUAUGAAAAAAGAAUUAUCCAAAAACUUACUCAUUGCCAGUCCUCUUCCCCAGGCUACUGUACAUGCUAAACAUUCAUGUCUGACCCUGACAGGAAAAAAAAAAAAA